UAUGAUAGCUGCUGGCAUAUCACAGCGUAAUAUGAAAGAAUUGGAGAUACGUACAGAGAACGAUGGUGUAUUACCGACACAGUUAACACAAUCAAGUGUGAUGGAUGCCCAGAAUUAUGACUUCAACUUUCAGAGGGGUCCUCUUGCAGAAAGUGGAUCUCAGAAAGCAGUAUAUGGGCCGUUAAUUUCCAGUUUUCAUCCUGCUCUGACUCUACUGGGAACACAGAGACACAUUAUAGUUGGUCUGCAGAAUGGUGAUGUGUUGAGAUGUGACAUGGAAACUUUAAAAGACUCCAUCAGUACGCAUAAAGUGAUUCAUGACACUAUUCCAAGUGAGACACCAAAUCUGAUUGGUCAAGAUAUCUCAGCUGAGUUGUUCAGAGGUCACAAAGGUCAACUAAUUUACAUAGGGUUCAUUAAUAACAAUGGUCAGAUGAUCACAGUUGAUAAUAAGGGUUACAUCUUUACCUGGAGAUAUCACAAGCGUAAUCUGAGUCAUUUUGGUUGGUUUGAACCUAACAAGAAAUACAGAUUAGAUUUAUCUGAAAAAACGUACAUUCCAACUUCUAACGUGGCUCCCAAGAUUUAUUUCCAAGAGCCACCACCUAGUCAGACAGGGAAAAGCAAGAAAUCCAAAAAAACUACAGAAGAUCCGGCAGUUGAAGCAGAGAGAGCACAAGCGGAACAGAUGAUACAAAGACAAAGACUAGAUUCACAGUCGCCAUGGCACCAAGAUUAUGAUCCACAAACACAGAACAUG